AUGUCUUUGUUCAAAGCGCGUGACUGGUGGUCCACUGUGCUUGGAGAAAAGGAAGAAUUCGAUCAAGGCUGCCUUUGUGUUGCUGAUGUUGAUAACAGUGGGCAAGAUAAAAUUAUUGUGGGCAGUUAUAUGGGAUAUCUCCGAAUCUUUAAUCCACAUCCUAUGAAACCUGGGGAUGGCUUCCAAGCUGAAGACCUGCUCUUGGAAGUGCAGUUACGAGAACCGAUACUGCAGGUGGAAGUGGGAAAAUUUGUUUCUGGUACGGAAGCACUUCAUCUGGCUGUGUUGCAUUGCAGAAAACUCUGUGUGUAUGCUGUUUCAGGAAUGCUGGGAAAUGUGGAACAUGGGAAUCAGUAUCAGGUUAAACUGAUGUAUGAGCACAAUCUUCAGCGAACUGCUUGUAAUAUGACUUAUGGACCAUUUGGUGGUGUAAAAGGUAAGCUCCUUCCUGUGUAAUCUUUGUCAUUAGUUGU